CUGUGUGACGACGACGCCGACGAGUGAGCAAGACGAGAAGAGGGAAGACGAUGGGCCGCCAGCGCCGAGGUCGCCGUGCGGACGCCUGCGCCACCCGGGCCGCCGUGGGGCCGCUGCUGCUGCUGCCGCCGUCGCUGUCCCCUCUGGCCACCGUCGCGGCCGCUCUGGCCUUGCUGCACCUCGCCUACGCCCGGAUCCUCGUCCCCGAGCAACAAGAAACGGGGACGGUGAAUACUGAAGCUUCUUUCUUUCUCGUCCCAUGUCGACUGGUGUCAUAA